GAAAUGGUCUGUCUGCUUUUACACAGCUAACACUCCGGGAGUUCAUUCUGCAAGGGGAAAGAAAGCCAGGCGCAGGUCGCCUUAGAGCAUCUCUCCAGGUCCAGACAACAAGAACAACAUAAACACACGAUUUCACCACAGCAUUGAUCAGGAGGUCUGUGCUGUCACAAAGCUCUGAAGAACUUCUGUAUACACUCACUGGACCUUCUAAUAGGAACCUACAGACACUGGGGUGCAGAAUGGACUAUGAAAGGCCCAACGUUGAAACUAUAAAGUGUGUUGUGGUGGGAGACAAUGCAGUAGGGAAAACUCGCCUUAUCUGUGCCCGAGCCUGUAAUACCACUCUGACGCAAUACCAGCUGCUGGCCACGCAUGUCCCUACAGUCUGGGCUAUUGAUCAAUACCGAGUCUGCCAAGAGGUAUUGGAGCGCUCCAGAGAUGUGGUGGAUGAUGUCAGUGUGUCUCUCAGGCUGUGGGACACCUUUGGAGACCACCACAAGGACAGGCGCUUUGCCUAUGGCAGGUCUGAUGUGGUGGUUCUGUGCUUUUCCAUCGCCAACCCCAACUCCCUCUACCACGUAAAGACCAUGUGGUACCUGGAGAUCAAACACUUCUGCCCACGUACGCCUGUUAUUCUAGUUGGGUGUCAACUUGACCUACGCUAUGCAGACUUGGAGGCUGUCAACCGAGCUCGACGGCCAUUAGCAAGGCCUAUAAAACCAGGAGAUAUUUUGCCCCCAGAGAGAGGACGGGAAGUAGCAAAGGAGUUGGGGAUUCCAUACUAUGAGACAAGUGUGUUUGAUCAGUUUGGCGUUAAAGACAUCUUUGACAAUGCUAUCCGAGCUGCUCUCAUCUCUAGGCGCCACCUUCAGUUCUGGAAGUCCCAUCUACGAAAGGUCCAGAAGCCCCUCUUGCAGGCACCAUUUCUCCCACCAAAAGCUCCUCCACCACUGAUCAAGCUCCCAGAAUGUCCCCGCAAAAAUCAGGAUGGCCCCAGGAAACUGCUGGAGAACCCUCUCUGUGCUGAUGUUAUGUUCAUUGUUCAAGAACACUUCAAUGUUUUUGCCCACAAGAUCUACCUAUCUACCUCAUCCUCCAAGUUCUAUGACCUGUUCCAGAUGGACAUCUCUGAAGAGUCCCAGCGCAUGGUUGUAACAGAGCUUCACAGGCGAGACCACCUGAUGCGAACUCUCAGUCUGGACACAGAAGAAGCCAUGGCUGUGCUUUCUAACCUCUCACCUAGUUCCCUACGGGCUUCCAAGAGUGAUGGAACUCUGAAGGUAAGGAACUUUAAUGCCAAGCACAACCACAAUAAGCUGUCCUUGGCAAUUUGGUGCAAGGCUUUUCAAAGCAUCCACAAAGAAUCCGUGGUUAAUCCAGUAACAGGAACAGCAGCUGUCAUGACUGUGGUGAAGAUGGACAACUCCUUCCAGCUGGUUCCAUUCAAAGCAGUACUGCGGUUCCUGUACACCGGAGAACUGAAUGAAAAGGAGAUGGACUUGAUGAAGAUCGCUCAGAUUGCUGAGAUCCUAGAAGUUUUUGACCUAAGAAUGAUGGUUGAGAAUAUCAUGAACAAAGAAGGCUUCAUGAAUAAGGAAAUCACAAAAGCGUUUCAUGUGAGAAAAGCCAACAGGAUUAAGGAAUGUCUUUCCAAGAGCAGCUUCACAGACGUGGUGUUUAGGUUGGAUGAUGGCACCAUCAAUGCCCAUAAGCCGUUGCUGAUCUCCAGCUGUGAUUGGAUGGCUGCUCUGUUCGGAGGCUCGUUCAUAGAGAGUGCAAAUAAUGAGGUCUCUUUUCCUAACACCAGCAGGGUGUGUAUGCAGGCAGUGUUGGAGUAUCUUUAUACCAAUCAGCUGUCACCCAUGGCUGAUUUGGACCCAAUGGAAUUAAUUGCUCUGGCAAACAGACUGUGCCUUCCCCGCCUCAUCGCCCUGACAGAGCAAUAUGCUGUGAGUGAGCUGGUAAAAGCGUCUAGGGAUUUCCAAGACAUAGACGGAGAGGUUCUCAACUACCUGGAGUUUGCUCAGUUUCAUAAUGCCAACCAACUUACUGCUUGGUGUUUGCAUCACAUAUGCACUCACUAUAAUAACAUCUGUGCCAAUUAUCGCAAAGAGAUCAAGUCCAAAUCACAAGAAAACCAAGAGUACUUUGAGAAGCAUCGCUGGCCUCCGGUUUGGUACCUGAAGGAGGAAGAUCAUUAUCAGCGUGUGAGAAAGGAGAGGGAGAAGGAAGACGUGGUCCUCAACAAGCACCUGUCUCGCAGGCGCUGGUGUUUCUGGAGCAGUUCUCCUGCAGUGGCCUGAGAGAGAGAGAGAGAGAGAGAGAGAGAGAGAGAGAGAGAGAGAUGGCACUUCCUUUCCUGCUAACUGCUAGCAAGUUUCUGUCUUAACAUACAGAUAAUUUAUCUGGAAAUGCACUGAAAUAAUUUCUGAGGCUUACUCUACACCCUGUAAGUCGAGCAGACGUCUAAACGGUUUAAAGCACAAUUUAAAAUCCGCAUUCACAAAAUACAGGACAUCAAAAAAAAGUAUUGGGAUGAAGAGAGAAAAAAUCCAAACCGUACACAUAACUACUUUCUAAAAUGUUCUUAAUUUCUGUAUAAAGUUUUUCUGCAACUCUGAAGUCAGUUAGCUGUCAAAUUAUUAGCAGAAGUCAGAUUUAGCAAAUGUUACUAACAACCACAGAGUUCUAACUGACUUUGUGAUAUUUUAGAGUUUUGGCACUUUUCCUAAUAAAAGCCGUCACUCUACGUCGUGUGUUACGACUCCAACACGUAGCACGUAGAUGUGUGUGUUGUUCACUAAACAGCAGCUUCCUUUGACACCAGCCCUAAUAAAUACAUCAGGUAAAUCACUGCAGUUACUGAUCCGCUGUAUGAUAUGAAAUCCUCAGCCUAGAAAGUCCUGUAAUUCUGUGUAAACAUUUAUAGCUAAUAAAACUUCUUCUUAUUAGAAGGGCUUAGCAUCACGGCUUAGUUCAGGUCUUACUUGAAACCGAGAAGCGAAACAAUCAAUAGCCACCGAUCACAUAUACCGUCUUCACCGUGAUUGUGCUAGGUGUUACAUGUAGGCUUACUGUAGUGGAUCUAAACUCUAUACUUUACACAUCAACGAUUGUUCUAGUCAUAUAAAGGGUUAAGGAACCCGAGGUGAAUGUAACUGAGCAAUAAGCUGAAAGUGCAGGAUUUGUCUUUCAGCUGAUUCUGUCAUGUGUAAGUUGUGUUGAUCAGGACAGUGUGUGUGUGUGUGUGUGUGUGUACAGUACACCACCUCAUCAUUACUCUAUCCCUCCUUUCAGGCAGGUCACAUUGACACUGAAGGGAAUCUUAAUACUUGAACAAUAAAAUGCUUCUGUCUUUAUGCUUGUCUUUAGUUUACUGAAAUAUAAAGUAGCUGAUGCUCAUUGGUGUUUUCUCCUGUUCUUCUUCUCUGCUGCUGUAAACCAAGUGGCUGGUUCAUUUGGUACUUGAUUUCUCUGGUCGUCCCCCUUAAUGCUGGCUAUUUGUUAAUGUAUUUAUUCAUUUUCUAAA